AUGUCGAAAACCCCCUCAGCAAAUAAAGAUAACAUGCCGAUGAGAGAAAAUCGUUAUGUCGACGAAACAGAUACAAAAGAACAUUUUGAACAUCGCUGGUGGCAUAUUUUACUUAUUACACUCGCCGUAGUUGCUUUUAUUGUCACUUGUGUUUUCAAUGGCUUAUCCAGUACUGGUUAUAAUGGUAUAUUUAAUCAAAAAACUGGAUCUGUAAGUGAUGGAAAUCUAACUGAAUUUACACCCGCUGGUUGGACAUUUAGCAUAUGGGGUUUAAUCUAUUUUUGGCAAGCAGCAUGGUUAAUCUAUGCUUUAACUCGAAUAUUUCGAAAAUCCAAUACUGGUUAUUUAUAUAUUGAGCCCAAUACGCUUCACUUUAGCAUAUUUAUAUUUUAUAUAAUAAACAUGGGUUUAAAUAUAGGAUGGCUUAUUCUUUGGGAUCGAACAUACUUUGGCUGGGCAUUAUUGGUACUGUUUUCAAUGUUUGUCACGAUUAUUAUUCCAAUGAUUAUUACACAUAUACUUCUUCAACGCAAUCGACAAAAUUAUAUUGAUUCGAAUCGCAAAGCAGACAUCUGGCUUGUACGUCUAUUUGUUCACAAUGGAUUUGCUGUAUAUGGAACAUGGUUAUAUCUUGCAACAUUACUUAAUUUAUCUAUUUGGGUAUCUCAAAUCUAUAAUAGAAAUUCACAGUCAGUAACUGAUGUAUCGACAGCUUCACUUAGUCUUGUUCUAGUUGGAGUUGUUAUUUACUUUGUUUGUGAAAAUUUCAUUUUCUAUUCAUCAAUGGCAUAUACAUUUUUACCAUGGUUUGUUCUUAUAUUCGGAUUAUCUGGUGUAAUGUCAAAAAAUGCCAACCGGACAGAUGUUUCAAAUAAAAAUAAAUCAUUUACACUUGCAUUACUUAUCAUCUGCUGUGGCUUGUUUGCUAUUCGUCUUAUAUUAUUUAUUGUACGUUAUAUAACAAGAAAAAUUCCAACAAGUCGUGACCCUUAA